AUGGUCACUUUUGCAUCGACAUCAAUCCUAUGUGUUGUUUGUGUAUGCGGAGUCAUUGGUAACGCUAUUAUUCUUGGUAUUGGCAUUUCGAAGCGGAAAUAUCAAAAGAAUGUCACAAAUUGUUUUAUUAUGAAUUUAGCUAUAACAGAUCUUCUGUUUCUACUGAUCUCUGUACCAUUAACGAUGUAUUUAGCUAUGAGUAAUGUUUGGAUCUUCGGCGAAUUCAUGUGCAAAAUGCACAUUUACCUUGCUCAUGUUCUCUUGCAAGCGACAUGUUAUACAUUGGCUGCUAUGAGUAUCGACCGAUAUUUGAGCAUCGUUCACGACUUUUGGUAUCGCCGGUAUCGGACACCAAAGCAAGCUCUGAUUAUUUGUAUAUUCGUGUGGAUGAUUUCGGGCGCUUUUAUGUUUCCGUAUGACUAUCUUUUGCAUACAGAUACUGACAAGCAUAAUGACUCAUCUGGCGAACUUGAUUGCACAGUGAACGAUAAUUCGUUUUUUUCAUCAUGUAUGUUUACGUUUACAUUCUACUACGUCUUGCCGUUGUUAAUUAUUGGUCUAUGCUACUCACGCGUUUUCUCGCAUGUAAGAUAUCAUGGUACGAAAAUUGCUCGACAACUUUCUCGUCACAAUUCUCAAACAAUACGCUUCAAGAAACGUCGCGUGAAAUGUGUACUGCUGGGCUUAACUCUAGCCUUUGCACUAUGUUGGCUGCCAAUCCACAUUCUCGAAUUGGUGCAGUGUUCACAGAUCCUUUCAUAUCCAUUCUUUGUUAAACAUGCCGAUCUGCUCACAAUUGCUCGAAUAUUUGCUCAUGGCUUAUCGUAUUUCAAUUCAUGUUUAAAUCCAUUCCUCUACGCUAUGCUGAACAGAAGUUUUUUUUUCGAUGUUCAAUAA